CUUAAGCAUGUUCGAUGAACCUAUUAAAAUUUUUGGAAAGUUUUUCUUACACUCUAAGACUUAGCAGACUCUAUUAAACUUCAAACCAAUCCUAGCAUCUGUGCUGGUUUUGUAUGUGCAUCUAUAUAACAUUUAUAUAUAAAAAGUCAUCCUAGAAGUAUGCAGCUUUUAAAAAGUAUGGUAAAUGCAGCAUUUAAUAUAUGUGGUUGGUUUUUUUUUGCUAGACCUCAUGUCCUUUUUAUUCCUUUCAUUUUUCAGACUGGCAAAGGAUAUGAUUCUUAUGGAAACUUGGCUUCAUGAUCCUAAGGAAAGCAUAGUUUAGAUAAUCACAAGUAUUUACAUAUGUAUAAGUGAAAUACCGACUAAGCUCUCAGAUUGUGCUUCAGGGUAGACAGUGGUGCCUCCCCACCCUCUCAGUUCCUCUUUUCUUUUUUUGACAGCCAGUUAAUAAAGACUCAACAAUAAGCAGCUGCUUGUGAUGUCAUUUGGGACUUUGUCCACAGAGCUUGUAUUUACAAGCACAGAGCAGCAGAAAAGCUAACUGGCAGCAAACUUCAUGCCUGCAGUUACAGUAGGACUUUCAGCGGUGCUCUUGAUGAACUUGAGCGCUAACUCAGUACUGCUCCUCACCAAAGAUUUUUAAGGCUUGGUAAAUAAACACAGCAUCCACUCAAGAAAUUUCUAGCCUGCUGAAAACUUUCGUAUGGUUUGGAUUUCUCUAGUACGGGAGCAUGUUUUAACUGAACAACAACAAUGAAAGCAGCAACAACCUGGCAUUUCUAAGAGAAUAAACAAUAAAGGAUAUUCAGCCAUGGACAAAAAGCAGCAUCUAGUGAAAAAGGAAUUUAGCAAAAGAUUUUCUUUGGACAGUACUCUCAUGGAAUAUAUGGACUCAAAUAGAUACAUUGACCAUUUGCUGACUCAGCUGGAAGAGCAGCGCUGGAAUGUGUGGAGGGAGAAGCUGUCUGUGGCUCGUCUACAGCAGGAAGUUGCACGAAGUAAGAGUGACAGAACAAUGCGCGAGAAGCUGAUACAUGAGUUGGAGGAAGAGCGACAUUUGAGACUUGAAAGUGAAAAACAAUUACGAGAAGUGACACUGGAAUCUGAGCGCAACAGGGUUCAAAUGAGAGGACUGCAGCAGCAGUUUUCCAGAAUGGAAGAAACGGUGAGAAAUCUACUGCAACGUCAAGGAUCACCAGAGGCAAACGGCGAAAAACCUGUGUCUGUAAUAAAAGCUUAUCAGGAAACCUUUACUCACGAGAGCAAGAAUCCUAAAACAGUGGUGGAAGACAUUUGCAUGUCAGUAGAUAAAGAUUCAAGGGAUGAAAACAGCAGCGCUGAAGAGGAAAAGGAAAAGACAAAAUUAUUGCUGGAACGGCUGAAGGCUCUGGAGGCAGAGAAUUCCGCACUGGCUAUGGAAAAUGAAAAUCAGAGAGAACAGUAUGAACGUUGCCUUGAUGAAGUAGCCAACCAAGUUGUACAAGCAUUACUUACUCAGAAGGACCUGAGGGAGGAGUGUUUAAAGUUAAAAACAAGAGUUUUUGACCUGGAACAACAGAACCGAACGCUUAGUGUGCUAUUCCAUCAAAGAAUGAAACCAACAUCUGGCUUGCUGCUUCAGAAGCUUCAUUCGCGCAUCUUAGAUCUGUCGUCUGGGGAUUUCCUUUUAGAGGUAGAGAAGAACAGAAGUUUGAUACCGCUGCAAAGUGCUGAUGUUCAGGUUCAUGAAUGUCAGCAGAAUAUCAGAUCUGGAGUACCUGCCUUGAAGUGUCAGAGCCAGUUAAAUGUGACAGGGCCUCACCGAGUUUAUCCUCGAAGCAGCUGCAGCAGCAGUGAGCUCUCUCUGUCAAGUGCCUGCAGUGAAUAUUCCAGUGGCUCCUCCUACACUUGGAAUGAUGGGAAGGCAUGCAGUAAAAGGUCAUCAGUGAACUGGGAUAAAAGAAUAAGCAUUGGUUCUUCGCUCCCCAGCAACCUUUCCAGUCCUGCUGAUGAUCUACCUCCAACUCGCAUCAAGGAAAACCACAUUUUGGAAGGGCUAAAGAAGUUACAGAAACGAAAAAUAUUACUUGAACCGCCUUCUUCUGUUAUAUCCAAAUGGGGAUACAAAGAUUGCAUGGACUCUAAUGAAGGAAUCUACUCCCCUGGCAUUAAGUGCAGCAGUCAUAAAGAAGAGGUACAUUGCACACCAGAGGAAUUGGGGGCCAUUUGCAUUGAGCACCAGAAAAACUUUGUGUAUGAUUCAGAUUCACAUGAGGAUGCAGAUGAUGAGUCUUCAUCUUUAGCAUUGCUGUAUGAAGUACCGAGCAAAGACUGUAGGCACUAUUGUAAUAAAUUAACUCACAGCGUUUCUGACAGCCUAUUUGGUUGGGAGCCUGAUAGAAAGCACUUGCCAGAAAGAGGUUCUUAUUUUAAUUCAAAAGAGAGGCCUGAAAAACUGACUAGUUUUGUCAAUGAAUUUCAGUCAAAAGGAAAAUCUUGCACAAAUGUGAAGCUGCCUGUGUUGCAAAUAGAUAAAAGUCUUGCUAGCAUAAGCUGGAGAGACCUUAAUUUACACCUUUCAGAUACUGAUGACAAUGAAAUCCUGGACGAAUUACAUAUAGAAAGCAGUGAUGAAAAAAGCCCAUCAGAUUUGUCAUUAAUUCCUUUUGUUGACAAGCACACAGAGAAUUCUGAUGUGCGUGUAAAGAAGGAAAAUUGCCAGCAUGUAUCUUCUGAAAAAGAAGCAAGUCAGGUACUCAUUCACUCGGGCAUUAGGCCAGAGGCAUGUAAUUUCAUUAAGCAACAAAAAGUUAUAAAGAAGACUUCUUCAGAAGAAUGCAUUACUGUUAUAUUUGAUGCUGAAGAUGGCAAACCUAUUGAAUUCAGUUCACAUCAAUCUGGAGUUGUCACUGUAACUAGAAAUGAAAUUUCAAUCAACCACUCAUGUACUGGGCCCAAUGCAGAAUACACUGAAUGUUUACCUCAGGGAAUAGUUAAUUUCCAAAAAGCAAUGGAAGCUAAAAACUACAGUAUUUUGCAAGCACCUGAUAAUGAAAUUGAGAGAAAGACUCUCCCAAAUAACUUAGAGAAUGAGCAUGCAGCUGACCCUACUACAUGCAACAGUCAGUCUCCUUUACUCCCCAAAAGACCCAUGUUUCACAACACCCCACAGCAAAAGCUAAUGAAGCCAGUUUGCAGUAUUUUUUCCAAGCCUAGGUCUACAUCUUGUAUGCAGGCAGGUAGUAACCAAAACCAAAAACUGACGAAAAUUCCAAGCAGAGAUAAGUUCUCGCCACAAAAAACUAACAUCACAGUGAAUGAAUAUUCCGCUAGCACCUCUUCACACUGUCCUAUUACACUGGAGAAAUCUGUAAAAUGUUCAAGGUUUAAAAAAGUACAGAGUCCCACUAAGAAUGCUGAUUCAAAAGUAGAUUUGCUUAUUUCAAGGGCGCACCCUCUGCAAAAUUCUAAAAUGCUUGACAGAACAGAUUGGCCCAAGAAUCAGGUCCCAGAAUCAACUUCAUUGCCUCAACAUCUUAUAGAGUCAAUUGACUGUGAAGAACCACCAACUAGAGAUAUCCAUUGUGAUUUGCCUACUGUAGAAGCCAGAUCUCCAUCACCACCACCUCCUCCAGGCAGGUCAACGUCACUAUUGAUAAGACCAAACUAUGAACAUUCACCACCUAUACCCAAUAAGCCAGGAGCAAGCAUUCCCAGUGAGACAGUAAAAAGUCCAGUCAUGUCACCACUGAAAACAGCCUCAAUGUCCAUUUUUCAUAAUGUGCAUAGAAUGCCAACUAACAAGCUCCCUUCAACACCUAAAGUCAAAUUAAAUCAAUUUAAUGAGAAAGGAGAGAUGUUUACACAAAGCAAAUGCAUAUCAGAGCAACCCUCCGCAAUGUGCCAAGUCAUUCCCAAAGUGUUUACAAAGAAAGUUCCUCCUAAAACCUCAAACCAAUCAGUAUCCUGCAAUAAUAUAGAACACAGUUCUAAGGAUGUGUCCCCAGACUGCACGUCACAAGAUACAGAUCUAAUGCAAAUUGGACUACUGCCUAAGGACACUGAAGUACCUCAGAAACAUAAAUUUCCAAACAGAUUCUCCACAUCACCAGAUUGUCAGCCAGCAGUGAUUGGGAAACCUUUUCUGCCUCAGAUUAAUCACUCCCCAUUAUCACUGUUGUCUCAGGGAAGUGAUGCUGGAAAUAUACCAGAAAAGAGUCUUAAACCACAUCUGCCUGUAGGACUUAAAUUACUCAUAAAAUCUCCUCAGCUCCUCAGAAAAAGUUCCACCAUACCAGGGAAGCAGGAAAAAGACAGUAUGAAUGCAGCCUCCAAAAGCUGUGUGAAUUCAUGCAAACAGAGGCAGGGUGAAUCUUUAGCUCAAACCACCAUAGAUGUAGCUGACACUGAAUUAAGGAGUGUUGAAAAUGGAAUAAAAGAAAAUUUUGCUGGGGAUCUUGGUAUGAAUCCAGCUUCCUCUGUUUCACCUGAGACUUACUGCUUAAUAGAACGAGGAGAUGGGUUGGACAACAGGUUAGUUAAGAGAUCCAUUUCUUCUAGUAGUAAGGCAUACUUGAAGCCUGCUCUUGGUAUGAAUGGAGCAAAGGCCCGAAGUCAGAGUUUCAGUAUUCACACAGGGGAAAAGUCACCUAUACCUUCCACAGAAGCUUUAGGAAAAGUUCGGACCCAGAUCAUAACAAACACAUCUGAAAGAGGGAAUUCUUUAACGAGGCAGAACUCAGCGGUGGAAGGAUUACAAAUCAGAGCUGUUCCUGGUUCAGCAGUGAUGUCAGAUAUGGUUUCAUACACGACAAAAGUUCCAGAAACUUCUUAUUCUAGACAGGGUUCUUCUGCAAGCAUGAGUAGUUCCAGCAGUCAAGUUGGUAGCCCAAGCAAACUACCAUUCCAUAUGUCUCCAAAGGGGGAUUUAUUCUGCAGCAUUUCAAAAACUGAGGACAACAAAUCACCAUCUCAGAGAGAUGUCCAAAGUAAAUCUUUCCAUGAUGAAAAAGCCAGCGAAAUUUCCAAACAUCAACCAGUAAGCAAAAAAAGUGUUACACAAGCAGAAAUGGCAUUGGAGUCAUCAACUAGUAUUUCAUCAGAACAAAUUUUGCCACUUCAGAAAAAUCUGGACAGCACACAAUCUCCUCAUAAACACGAAGCAGGCAAGGUAGUAUUGCAAGAAGCCUGUAUAAAGGCAUCUGAAGCCUUGGAGAAGGUUUCAGCUUCAUCUGUUUUACAGCCCACGAUAGAAGAAAAAGUCAUGUUGUGCAUCCAGGAAAAUAUGCAGAAGGAACAAGGGCAGAGCAAAUGCCCUACCACUGAGACUAAACAAAAGAGUGGAGGGCCUUCUAUUGCUAGCUGGUUUGGUUUUCGAAAGAGUAAGCUCCCAGCCUUGAGUGGUAGAAAAGCUGAUGUUUCUAAAGUAAAAAUAGAAAAGAAAGAGCCGAAGGGUUUAGCUUUUGGAAGCAAGCAAACAAAAUCGGAAAAAAGAAGAGACAAAAAGAAGAUUGAACAGCACUGUGAAGCAGAAAACGAGAUAAAUAAGAAAACUCUGAAUUGUGGUAUUUUAGACAGUGUUCCGAAAGGGGAAAAAAUGACAAAAGCCACACACAAUAACCUCAGCCAAACUGGGUGCGAACAAAAGAACAGCUCUGCCACCACACACUCAGAAAAAGACAGCUUUAUGAAAGAGCUUUUACACAGAGUUGAUAAGAAAGCAGCCCAGCCGACAGAAAGUGGAUCACAUAAUGUUUCCUACAGGAGCGUGUCGAAGGGUGGCUCCCAGGACUCUUUUCCCAACAACUCUGUCGGCACUCAAGGAAACCAGAAGAAAACCAGCAAAACAAAGGCUGAUAUGGAAAUACCAAAUGAUGCAGUGAUCAAAGUGGUAACAGAAAACUUCCAAGAAGAUGACGAGAAUGCCAUCGCUGACUCAACUUGUCAAAGCCACUUAAUAGAAUCCUGCUGCCAAAUGAGGACACUGGACAGUGGGAUAGGAACCUUCCCUCUCCCAGACUCAGGAAACCGCUCGACUGGACGACACGUUUCUAAACAAGAACUGGAUUUAGAAGCUGACGUUUUCAUAUCACCUGCGCAAGCUUUCCCUCCAGCUUCUUCUGAAAAAGCCAAAACCCUUGAGCGAGAAGUGCCUUCAACAGCUAAUAAGGACCAGGGAUCUGUGGAGAGCAUAAUAACUCACUCAACAUCAGAUCCUGCCAUGACUGCUAAGGGUGUACAGACUUUUCAGAGUCGCCUUCCAAAGCCAGCUUCUGCAGGAAUAACGAGCCCUGUGAAAAAAAAAGGACAAGAAGAGAAUUCACUGACUUCUGUAUCAUUAAAGCAUUCAGAAAAAGAAAAAUGUGGCAACAAGAUGUUUCCGGAUUGGAGCAGCAAAAAAGCUAUUAAAGCCAAGGACAGGGCGCUGAGAGUGUGCACUUACUCUGCUAGCAGUAGCAGUGAUACCGAAACAGAGCUGGAGUACGAAACAAGCGAUUUUGGAACCGGAGGGGAAAAGUUGGUAGAUUUAAUGAAAAACAACAAGCAAGCUGAGCAAGAAGAAAAUAGUGUGAGAAAGUCCUUUAUGGGGAGGCCCAUGUCUAUCUUGGAUAUAUACCAGCACAGUCUCUGUGGCCAUUAUGGAGAGGAUGGACCUGAACAAUUAGCACAUUACAGUUUUAUUGAGCAGCUGAAUGGAACUUCCACUAAAGAUGGCAAGAGCAAAAAGAUCCCUAGUGUGAGUUUUCUCGCUUUCUUUGAUGCUAUUACCUCUCUUCUUUCUUGAGGGAUAUGUCUGGUUUGCUUUCUUUUUCUGCACGCAUCAUUACUAUUUAUUGAUGUCCAGAUUGAAAAUGUCACAUGGACUGCAGGGAAGAGUAAAAGGAACUUUUAAGUAUUUUCUUUCCUUGAGGCAAGUUACAUAUAUAUAUGUGGCAGCGACUUUCGUAGCAACAUCCUGCGAAUGCCGAACAUUAAAGAUCGGCUGGCGUUCAGUGUUGUCAGUUUUUACAAGCGGAAAUUUGGAAGGUUGCUUAUAGCUGCUUUGAGCCAUUUUGCAAUAAACCACAGUGCAUCAAAUAAUGCACUAUAACUAUAAACAGCGCUGCUCUUUAAAAUAUAUGCAGAGUGAGAGAACGUGUGUGCACAACUGAAACCCCCAUUAAGAUCCAGAGUCACUUGGUUUAUUUUCUAAAACAACGAACAGAUUACAGAAAUGCAGUUACAUAUAGCUAAGGUUUUAAGAUGAGUUUA